AGUACAACUAGAAAUUCGUCCACCACAAAUCGAGGACAGUGCAACUGGGAAGCUGCCAACAGCCCUUUAAAUACUCACAUGGACGCGUACACGAUGUGUGCCCUCUCCUCCUGCCUUCAACAUGAGCUUGAAAGUGCAAGUAUUACAGGCUGGCUAUACCCUGCUAGACAAGGGAAUGAUACCUGACUUUGUGUUAAGGGCGGUAAUACGUUUAUUGUGUCGUGAAAGAAUUCGCGAGAUCAAUUUGGGCUCUUUUGAGCGAAACUCAGAGGCCAAAAUGCAAUGGAUUGAGGCCGUGCGAGCAAGGACUGCCAUUGCUGAUUUCACGGAAAAGGCGAAUGAACAGCACUACGAGGUUUCGACGAACUUCAUUUUGUCCUGCUUAGGUCAUUAUGGAAAGUAUUCCUGCUGUUACUAUCCAAAGGGUGACGAGACUCUUGACGAAGCAGAGAUACUCAUGAUGGAGAACUAUUGCGUCAGGGCAAAGCUCGCUGAUGGCCAGCGCAUAUUAGACUUGGGAUGUGGAUGGGGAAGCCUGACUCUUUAUCUGGCUGAGAAAUACCCGAAAGCUCAUAUUACGAGUUUGUCCAACUCAGCAACCCAGAAAGCCCACAUCGAGCGCAUCGCCAAAGCGUGUGGUCUGAACAACAUACAGGUUAUUACUGCCGACGUAAACAGUUUCGACUUCGAUGAGCCCGUGCAAUUUGACCGCAUUUUGUCAAUCGAAAUGUUUGAGCACAUGAAAAAUUACAAGCUCCUCUUGGCCAAGGUUUCGUCCUGGCUUCGCCCUAGUUCUGAUUUGGCCCCAGACGACGCCUUGUUGUUCAUUCAUAUUUUCUGCCAUCGCACUACGCCCUAUCAUUUUGAGGAGGGCGAUGGGUGGAUGGCAAAGACUUUCUUCUCUGGCGGAACGAUGCUUUCUCACGAUCUUCUUUUAUAUUUCCAAGAUGACCUGAAUCUCGUUCGGAGUUGGUAUCUCAACGGGCAGCACUACGCGCGUACAUCCGAGCACUGGCUGCAAAGACAGGAUCAAAAUGCUGCUCAAGGUCUUACCGAGUUGGAGAAUGAUGCAGAAGCCAAAGGGCUGAGUCGUGAGGAAGGCCGAAAGGCGUUCUAUAGGUUUCGGGUGUUCUAUUUGGCUUGUGCCGAGUUCUUCGGGUUGAACGGAGGCGAAGAAUGGGGUGUCGGGCACUACUUGUUCAAGCGUAAAGACGCGAUGUGAACAGUUGCAACAUAGAGGAUUACAGGGAUAGUAAGCAAUGAUAUAAAAUACAUAGGUUGCUCUUCCAGUC